AUGUUGGAUGUGGUGAGCAGGGUCCUGGAGGAGUCUGUGUUUUCACCAGCAAGACCCAGUGUCUUCACUGAUCCACACACGGCAGCAUCUCCAGCUCUUGUGCAGCAUCUACAGAUGUUGAGGAUCUUGCUGGAGGCACAGGACCAGCUGGAGAGAAAGUACAUGUGUAAGAAAGAAGAGCACAGAGCGUUGGAGAUGCAGAAAUACAUGGGGAUAAACAGGAACAUUGGGAACUUUGAUCCCGACAGGCUGGUAGAGGGAGGGAUUUUCAGAUUAGGGAUGCUUCUUGAGGAAAUAAAGGAGAUGAUAGACAAUAACGUUCGUCAACAGAUUUCACCUUUCCAGGCUCCAUCCCCUACUCCAUCCUUUAACAUCCAAUCACCAUCACCGCUCUCUCUGCAUCAGGAUCAAAGCUCAUCUGUUUCCACUGGAGCCAGUGAGAUUGGAGACACCACAGCAAUGAGGAGAGCUGAUAAAAUGACUGAACAUACCAAAAACACAGAAGUAUGCAUCUCGAGGUCGCUGCACACGUUUCAGAAUGCUUGGACUUCAUCUGUGGAAGACAAGGAGCAACAAAAUGAAGACACAGUUUUUACAAAAGGGGUUGGCGACAGUAACAUCCAUGCUUCCUACAAUGUCAUUGAUGUCAGUCCAGAAGAAUGCCCAGCCGUCACUAGCACUAGUGAAGCUUCCAAAGCCUGUGACAUUGCUCCAAAGUCACUUCUCAAAACCUCAGUGUCCCAGGGAAACAUUAUCCCAGAGACAGACAGUGGAUUUGGAAGUUCUUACCUGAAUCAUUCUGGCUCUGGUUCUAUUCGACAAAGUCUUAAUGAAAGUUUUGCUUCUCAAAAGGAGCCUGUAAGCAGCUCAGGUAGCGAGGGUUCAUGUUCGAACCUGCGGACCGCCAUCGAGCCGGUCACUAAAGCCCAAAGAUCUCCACGUAGGUCAGAACUGUCCAGUGCCUCAAAUUCAGUGCAGCAGUGGGUCGAGAGCACCACAAAAGACACUGUAUUUCCAGAGCAAGGUCACAAGCAGAACAUGUCUGAGUCAAUAUCUGCACCUACUCUGGGCAGAAUGGACACACGAGGAAGUCCAAUGCAAACCUGUUCCUGCAACAAGUGA